GCAUGAGCGCGGCGCUGGCGGCUGCGCUUCUGACGACAGCCUGCGCGCAAGCUUGAGCUUGCGGCCGUCGUGCCAGCGUGGCCUGAACAAGAAGGCAGAUCUGCCGAUCGCCCACCGUCCCUUGCUGGGCGUCUGCCCGGACGAGGCAACUUUGGUUCAGCAGGCCAUGCUGGAGUCGCUGGAGGUGCUGCCCCUCAG